UGCUGCUCCUGCUGGGAAACAUGCUGGCAGCAUACAAAAAGGUCAGGAGGUCUGGAGCGCGCGGGGCUGCACCGGGGUGAGGGAGUUAGCAAUAAAAGGGAUGAGGAAGGAGCCCCAAACAGCAUCGUCCUGCAGGAGGCUGCUGUGAGGAGACCAGGCUGCGACCAUGGGAACUGCAGUGCUGCUGUUUGCUGGCCUGGCCUGGACUCUGCUGGAGAUCACCGCUGCCACCACUGGCACGUACAAAUGUGAUGAAAAUCUGGCGUGGGUGAGCCCUGAAGCUGGCAAGGAGGCGCCCGUUUGUGAGCCAGUGUGUGGCAAACCUGAGAACCCCCCCGCACCCAUGCAGCGCAUCAUCAGAGGCCUGCUGGCUGGGAAGGGCAGCUUCCCUUGGCAGGCCCGGAUGGUGAGCCGCCACAACCUCACCACGGGGGCUACGCUCAUCAGCGACCAGUGGCUGCUGACCACAGGCAGGAAGGUCUACCUGAACCACAGCGAGGAGGCCACGCCGGAGGAGAUCGCCCCCACGCUGCGGCUCUUCCUGGGCGGCCGGGGGCUGCCCGCCCUGGGCGUCGAGCGCGUGGUGCUGCACCCCGGGGCCGUGGACCUGGCCCUGCUGAAGCUCAGGCAGAAGGUGCCCGUCGGGGCGGAGGUGAUGCCCAUCUGCCUGCCCCAGCGGGACUACGUGCAGCCGGGGCGCGUGGGUUACGUCUCGGGCUGGGGGCGCGGCGCCACCUUCGCCUUCCCUGAGGCGCCGAAGUACGUGAUGCUGCCCGUGGCCGAGGCCGACAAGUGCCGGCAGUACUACGCGGCGCAGGGGCCGCACGGCGUCCGGCCCGUCCUCGGCGACGCCACCUUCUGCGCGGGCAUGAGCGAGCUGCGCGAGGACACCUGCUACGGGGAUGCCGGCGGCGCCUUCGCCGUGCAGGACUCCGGGGACGGCGCCUGGUACGCGGCCGGCGUCCUCAGCCACGACAGGACCUGCGCCGCCUCCAAGUGCGGCGUCUGCGUGGACGUGCGGCGCGUGCUGGACUGGGUCCGGGAGACGGUGGCGGCUGCCUGAGAUAAGGGGCCGCGAAAUAAAGCUGGGGGACCGCCCGGCCCGGCCCUCACCCUGACCCUGA